AUGAUGUUCCUCAAACAUACUGUGUGCCUCUGCUUUCGGGGUCCUUCCGUGACUGUAAAGGACUUGCUUUCCUCCGCAUUGCGCAACUAGAAGGGCAUGAACGCCCCUGAAUCAAACCCAACCAACUCUGCAGCGCCUGACUCCGACUCUACCUUCGUCCCUCAGCUUUCAUCUUACAAUGACUGCAUGACUUGUCGCGUCAUAGGAAGCGGGGCGUUCGCUGCCACUGGCGUCUACGCACUGAGCAUGGCCCGUCCCAGCGCACCGGGAAGUAUAUCUAAGUUGGCAAAAGGAUCAUGGGUGGGUGGGCUUGGGGUUUGUGAGAUAUCUGUUUUAACUCUUGUUAUCCGCUGACGCUGGGCCAAGGUUUUUUAGUGGGGAGCGCCCUGAGGUGGCGAAUGUGAA